CGCGUUCAACGCAUUCCAAUGCGCUGCUCUCUCAGAAACAGAGGGAUGGUUACAUUUAAUAUUCUGAUCAAUUGCAAACAUAAAAUUAGUUUAAAGUAAUGUCUACACACCACUUGAACAUUUCACAGGAGUAUUGUGACAGGUUGGACUUUGGCCAAUCUCUGUACUCUGCACUGCCACCGGCGAUGAUAAGCAGCCAGUGAUUCUUGACCACUCGAGAAAGAUGUCGACCACUGCAUUGGGACGACGCCUGGUGACGUGUCUGCUCAACGUGUCGGAAGCUCGCAGGACGGACCUGGUGGAAAGGGUGGCCAAGGCCGCCUUGUACGACUCUCAAGGUGUCGGCAGAGAGACGACCGCGGUGCUGAACAUCUUCAACGACCGUGACUACAACCGCUCCGUCAUCACAAUCGUGGCCGCUAUCGAAGCCAUCGGGGAGGCCGUCUUGUCCGCCUGCGAGACAGCCUGCCAGCUGUUUGACAUGCGCGCCCACUCGGGGGUCCACCCGUGUUUGGGUGCCGUGGACCUGGUACCCAUCUACCCCUUGGGGGAGGACGUGGGACCUGACGACUGUGCUCGAGAAUCUCGCGCCAUCGCCGCGGGCCUCACCCGGCGAGUGCCGGGCACCAGCGUCUUCCUCUUCGGGUGGGCGGACGCCCCUCUUCAACGGGGGCUGGCUCAGCGGAGGAAGGAGAUGGGCUGGUUCCGGAAGACGGCGGAGUCCAACGGCGUCGGGCCCGUGCCGGACAAACGCUUUGGCCUCACCGGUAUCGGGGCCGGUCCUUACGUCAUGAACUGCAACGUGACUAUCGACACUCAAGACCUGAGCAUGGGCCGGCGCAUCGCCGCCGCCCUCAGGGAAUCGGCGCCGGGAGGUCUUCCGGGGGUCCAAGUCCUGGCCUUGCCGCACGAGGGGGCCGUGGAAAUCGCCUGCAACGUGGAGAGCGUGCCGGGGCUUCCGCCGGGGCUUCCGCCGGGCCGGAGGGGCGCCGCGGCGCCCUGGCCGUCCUUCAGCAUCGCGGGUCAGCCGUACUGCCACGUUCCGGCGUCUCUCAUCGCCGCCAGGGUGGCCGAGCUGGCGGACGAGCACGGGGUUGCCACCGGGGGCGCCGUUUUGGCGGGCUUCACCCCCAGCGAGUGCCGGGCCUUAGCCGAGGCGGCUCUGUCUCGAGGAAUGGCUGAAUUUUGGAAAGAGCGGCAAAGUGUACGCAUGUGAAAAUAAAUUGGGCUUCAGCAAA